UUCUCUCGUCUCUCCCGUUCAUUCCCUCUCUAUCUCUCCGGGCUCCGGCCUUCCCUUCCUUGCGGCGACGGCUGCGCGGGCGAGCGGCGCCAUCCUCGGCCAGGUCUUCGUCGGGCCCGGCACCGGCGACGAGUAUCCACCAGGAGCCACUCUACUUCAGGAGUCCGCUGGGGGCAUGGAGCACUACAUGAUGAGGCUCGGCACGGGGGGCGGCCAGCAGCUCUCCAGGGUAGAGCCGAUACCUGACCGAAGGUCGAGGUUUUGGCAGAUGGAUGCGCAGCCUGGGGCUCGAAUAGACCUCAUCUGCCCUCAGCCUCGCCGCGCCUCCCGCCCGCCCUUCCUCAUGGACUCGCUCAAUAGACCCAGCCCCAAGCCUAACGGGGCACUCCCACUGUAUAGAACGGACUCCACUUGUGAUAUCCUUGACCUCAUCCUUAACAAGAAUGACCCUGAUGUGGAUACUGAUUCAAGCAGCCAGGCGGGCUUUUUCUGCGGCUCACCUCCUGUGCGCACUAACAACCCUGUUAUCCACGACCCCCUGUUUGGUAAGAAAACACCAUCCUUUUCUCCUCUAGGGAGCUCUUUCGGCAAAAUGGGAGUUGGAAGAGUCGAAGUAGGUUCUCCGUCUUGCGGGGCGAGCAGCCCAAAAGUAAGAAUCGAAGGUUUUGCUUGCGGGAACAAAGAGCCCACCAACUGUGCAGUUACAUUUGCCUGAGCAUUUGAUGAUCCCCAUUGACCCUAACGCUGUUUUGCACCCUCACAACCUGUACAUUGUCUGGCCCACCUGAGGAUAUAACUAGUUUCUUUCUAUAAGCUGCUAGCUGCUCAUUCAAGAGCUGAGUCAGAGUCUUGAGUCCAGUGCCUGAUGCCCUUGCGGUUGUGGCUUUUGAAACUGCACAAUCGCAGGGAGCAGAGGUUUCGAAUGUACAUAUGAGUUGUUCGUUGUACCUAGUAGAUGUUGUAUGUGUCUAGUAGAUGCAGUAAGGUUGGGUCCAUGUGUCGGUGUCUGUAAAUACCGUGGUACAUUUGGAUUUAAGUUGAAAUAUGAAAUUUAUCUUA